UCUCUCUCUCUCUCUCUCGCUACAACAAUGGCGGACAAACCAAGCAGAGCGCUAGUAUUGUACGGAGAUGGCUUGGCUCGAUACGUCGAUUCGUCGCAUACUCAUAUCCGUUCCCUUGCUUCCUUAGCUAGCUGUGGCUUCUUGAGCCUCCCUACCGCUCCUCCUUCAGAAAGCCAAAGCGAAAGGAUAGUUCGAGAAUUCUCCUAUUUGUUGGAUGCAGCUGAAGCCUAUGCAGUCACUAGUGGGGGAAAUGCUACCGGACAUGAAAACAAAGUUCCAAUCUUGGCUGAACGGUUUAUGGGACUCAAGGCUGCUUUAGUGACAGACAGUUCUACUUUGAAGGGUUUCGGGAAACUACUUGGGUUAGAUGUAUUUCAGCUUAGUGAAAUCUGCAAAAAGAGUCAUUCAUCUUCGGCCGAUGCUGCGGUUUCUGAGUUGCUUAAACUACUCGGGUUUGAAGAAGGAAAGCCUUUAGAUGCAAACCCAUUUGACUUAGUUUUUGUUCAUAUGGGGGUUAGUGAAAAUCAAGAUGAUGGUAAUGCGAGCAAGAUAGAAACUCUUGAUUCUUUGGUUGGUGCCAUCAUAAGCAUGGCUCAGCACGGAUCAGAGAUUGGAUCACACUUGCACUUAUCCCUUGCUCUCAGUUACGGGUCUGUCUCAGAGAAAGAUGAUCCCAUUUUUUCUGUCAAGUCUCCCCGAGAGGAGAUAAGCCCUGAAUUUGCAGGACUAGUCCCUCGUCAAAGCUACACAAUGCAAGGAGAAAUCAUGCGGGGAGAUGUUCGGCACUAUUGUCCGAUGUUGCUAGCUCAGUGGCAGUAUGCUGUGACCCGGAAAGACUUGGUCGAUACAUUUUCGUUUGAAGCUUUCAAAAAGCUCGGUGGAAAUCUCGUAAUACCAGCUGACAGGUUCAUCCACGAAGUCGCUUUCAAGCUUUGGAAGGCCCCAAAAUAUGGAGCGUAAGCACAGAGAAGACAAAAUCGCAGCAGAUACUUGUGUCGUUUUACGGGGUUUUUUUUCGAUCUAUCAGAAUGGAACUGGAUGGCUUUCUUUCUUGCUGUCUUUUAUUUAUCAUAGGAUUAAGACAGAAACUAAAACUAACAGUCUUUGAUCUGAAAGGGAACUCGGUUUGAAGAAAAAUCUGAUGAAAUUCCAUCCCGAAAGGUUUUCCGGGAAAUAAUGGGUCGGGUUGAGUUAA